GUUAUUGUUUACAGAAAUGACUCUCCAUACAACACGUUGACUAUUACCCCAAUGCUGACCUAACAAAAUGUCCACAAACAAAUCUCGCGCCAAGUCAUUGUGGAAGAAGGUUCUUCUUGUUGGUGAUUCUCUUACACAGUUUGGCUUUUCAAAAGAUGGCAGUUACGCCUCUCUGCUAGCUGACUAUCUUCAAAGAAAAUGUGACGUCAUAAAUCGGGGAUUUUCAGGAUAUAAUUCUAAAUGGUGUAAAAUCAUUUUGCCGGACAUUCUGAAUGAAUUUGAUCCAGAAGAUAUCGCCUUGGCAACCAUUUUUCUUGGAGCCAACGACUCCAAUCUUCCGGAGAACAAAAGACAACAUGUUCCCCUGGCGGAUUAUAAACAGGAUCUAAAGGACAUGGUGGAUAUGAUGAUGAAAAAGGGAAUCCCAAAGGAAAAAAUUGUUUUGAUAUCUCCACCGGCAUGUGAUGAAAAGGCAUGGAAGAAAUUCUGCUUGGAAAGUAGUAGGUACAAAGAUUUUACGAAAUGUAACCUAACAGCGGGAAAGUACGCCGAUGUCUGCUUAGACGCUGCUAGGGAGUGUGGAACCAAAUCAGUGGAUUUCUAUGGAAACAUGAUGAAACGUGAUGAUUGGCAGGAUCUACUCUGUGAUGGACUCCAUCUGUCGGCCGCCGGAUCACUCCUGUUGUUCAAACUUCUGAAGCCCGCUGUGGACCAGACGACAUCUGAACUUCCGUUAGUUUUCCCGAACUUUAAUGAUGUGGAUAUUGAGGAUCUACAUGGUUGUUUAAAACCUUUUCCAGAGUGAAGGUGUUAUAUGUAUCAGAGCUAGUAAUAAGUGAACUUUAAAUCAAGGAAAUGUCGAAUUAUAAUUCAAUGGAAUGUUUGUAUCAAGUGAAUCAAAAUGAAAAAUUUA